AUGUAAAAAUAAGUGAAAAUACCUAUUAAAUUAAUGUUUCUCCAUGGUUUGGAGGGUGAAAUGCUCAAAUUAAAACAAAAAUAUCUUGAAAAAAACUUUGAAAAAUGUGUUACUCCUUACAUGAAAAUCUCAAGAUGGAAUAUACUUUAAUAAAAUAGUUUUCCAAGAGUAUUAAUUAGAAAUAAGUUUAAUCUAUAGAAUGCAGGAUAUGAAUGUAUUUAAAAUUGUAUGAAUAUUUAAAUAAAUGGCUUAAAUGAGAGUAAUCCUGAUGCUUUAGUAGGUAUAAGCUGGGGUGGAGGUAUAGGUUUACUUCUUUUAUCACAAGGAUAUUGGUAAGGGCCAACUGUUUUGAUGGCUCCUGCUAUAACUCGUUUUCUUGAUGUUGUGGGAGAACGAGAUUAUAAGAUAUAAGAUAUAUUUGAUAAAAUAAAUAAAUAAAACUUAGGUCGAAAGCUUCUUAUUGUGCAUGGAGACAAAGAUUUUACUAUACCUUACACAAAAUCAGUAGAAAUCGUGAAUAAAAUUUAAGGUUCACAGCUAUUAACUAUUCCAAAUGGAAGUCAUUAUUUAAAUAAUAUACACUCACCUCCAAUAGAAUUAAAAUAAAUAAUUUAUGACCACUAUAUAAAAUGUAAAACACAAGAAAAUAUUUAAAAUCAAUGA